UAUCAUUAAUGCUGUAUUAAAAAGCUUUAAUUAUAGGAAAAUUAUAAGAAACGUUAUUUCUAGGACAUACCACAUGUCUUUCAUAAAUAGCAUGUCCCAUCCACAUCUCUGAUGCUUUCAGUUUGAGAGAAACAGAAAAAUAUGGCAAACUGGAAUAAAAAACGACGUUUGGCCUAUGAGCCUGUUAUAGCAGUGGAAUAUACUUCAUUCUCAGACAAAGAUAUGUUUUGUUGGGGUAGUACUAUACACGGGGAAUUGGGUUUGGGUGGUAUAGAAGAUGAAAAUAUUUUAGUUCCCCGUGAGGUUGAUUUUAAAAAAGCCACAGAAAUUGAACAAAUUGCAUGUGGUGAAAACUACACUGUAGUUAUUACUCAAGACGGUGAAGUAUAUUCAUGCGGGAACAAUGAUUAUGGACAACUUGGGCAUGAAAAAGGAAGAAAAAGAUUACAAUUGAUACCUGGAUUAGAUGCAUUUGUAUUUAAAAAAAUAGCCUGUGGAGCACGUCACACUUUAGCGGUAAAUGAAUGGGGCCAACUGUUUAGUUGGGGAUCUAACGCGGAAGGCCAACUUGGUUUAAAUUCCAAGAAUUUAAUCGAACCUGUUCCACGUAUGGUAAAAACAUUAGGAACAAGUAUAGUUGUACAAGUAGCCUGUGGUAUGAGCCAUGUACUUGCAUUAACAAACGAUGGAAAAUUAUACAGUUGGGGUUCAAAUAGCGAGGGACAGCUCGGAUUAGGUACCGACGUUAGAAACGAAAUAAAGCCUAAACUUAUCAGCUGUUUAGCUGGUGUUCCUAUUUCUUUGAUUGCCUGUGGAGGUUACCACAGCUUGGCUAUAUCAAAAUCAGGGGCUGUAUUUGGCUGGGGAAAGAAUACAUUUGGCCAGUUAGGAUUAAAUGACACGCGAAGUAGAAAUUUACCAUGUCAAUUACAAACUCUACAAAAUGCAAGGGUAUGUUAUGCUGCUUGUGGCGAAGAGUUUUCUGUCUUCUUGACAGUGGACGGUGGAGUAUUCACGUGUGGUGCUGGUAUGUAUGGCCAGUUGGGACAUGGAAGCAAUACCAAUGAAAUCUUACCACGUCAAGUUAUGGAACUUAUGGGCAGCACAGUUACACAGAUUUCAUGUGGUAAAAGACAUACCUUGGGACUGGUACCAUCACGAGGUAGAGUUUAUGCAUGGGGUUUAGGUGGUGCAGGACAACUAGGUAAUAGUGUUACACGAAGUGUACCAGUUCCUCAAGUGGUACAUGGUCCAUGGGUUGCGCCAAAUGGUUCCUCAAUGAUGGAUCUCGAUGGCCUCAAUUCCUACAAAAUAAACUAUGUUGUCAAGCAUAUUUUCACUGGCGGAGAUCAUUGUUUCGCCACAGUGGUUCCACGAGAUACAAACAUAGAACCGGACGAUUGUAGAAUAUUACAGCCAUCUUCUCAGAUCCUUGUAAUAACCGAAGAAGAACUGAUGGCGUGUCAACGAGUUCCUCCAAACUCACCUGUUGAUCAUGAACUUAUGACGUAUUUAGAGACGGUAUUUAAAAGCGAGUCCUGCGUGACCGGAUCAUUUUUACUUAAUAAAGAUGCCCAUUACGGAUGCACAAAGAAGCAUCAUGGAGUGGAUCUCGAUGACGCAAGUCGGCUAUUCGGGAUUAUUAGAGAAUUGGUUAACGAAACCAUUCAGGAAUUGAUAUUUACCUGCAUAACAGAGAGCUUAAUCCCUUCUUUUACCUCAUCUAAUUAUUUCACGUUGAAGGCUGUCUGUCCAGAAGCUUUAAGAAUUUACUUGAUAUUACCGUUGUACCAUGGUUUUGCGAAUCCUCUUAAUUGCACCGUUUUGCAUACACCGUUUUGCAAAGCUGUCCUGUCGUUGAAACCAGAGAUCCUUGAAAUUAUAACGAGUUGGUGGUUAGGAGCAUCUACGCAUUAUUUUGAAAGAUUAGUUAGAAUUCAUAAAUUUAUUGUUUUACAUUACGUGAAGUCUAAAAUAAACAAGGAAGUAAUAUGGGAUGAUACGUUACAAGUUGUUUUAGACUUAUUACACUUAUUAAAUAAAUUAAAUAACGAAGGCGAUGCCGGGAACAAAGUACCUUAUUCCACGUUUCACGUGCCAGAAUUAAUAGAAUAUAUAGACAUUAGAGGUGAUUACAUCAAGUGGACUUUAGGACCUUCUUCUUAUCGCAGAGUCUUCUGCCAUUACCCCUUUCUCCUCGAUGCCCAAGCCAAAACCAUUUUACUUGAAACGGACCAAGCUAUACAGAUGCAAUCAGCGAUGAACGAAGCUGCAACCAGGGCUGUUAUGAAUCAAAUGUUCUUUGACCCAUUCUCCGUCGAUUCACGGCAACAUAAUCAAUUUGUGAUGUUAAAUGUUUCAAGAGAAAAUAUAGUCGCUGAUACAUUGAUGGAAUUGUCUCAUUACGACUCCAGUGACCUGAAGAAACCUCUUCGAGUAAAAUUUCAUGGUGAGGAAGCUGAAGAUGCAGGUGGAGUUAAAAAAGAAUUUUUCAUGCUUCUGUUGAAAGAAAUCCUUGAUCCCAAGUAUGGAAUGUUUAAACAAUAUGAGGAAUCCAGAAUUAUCUGGUUCAGCGAAGACUCUUUGGAAGAUGAAAACAUGUACUUCUUAAUUGGAAUUCUCUGCGGACUUGUCAUUUACAAUUUUAUCAUCAUUGACUUACCAUUUCCAUUAGCCCUGUAUAAAAAAUUGUUACACGAACCAGUUGGACUGAAUGACAUCAAAGAAAUGUCGCCGUUACUUGCUAAGAGUAUGCAAAAUAUACUUGACUAUGAAGAUGAAGAUUUUGAGGAAAUAUUUUGCUUACACUUUGAGGUGGUUAGAGAGGUAUUCGGUGAAAAGAGAAUAUUUGAACUUAUACCAGGCGGUAGCAAAGUUCCUGUUACAUUAAAUAAUAAAAAACAGUUUGUUGAUUUAUACGUAGAUUAUAUAUUAAAUAAAUCCGUGGAACCACAUUUUGACAAAUUUCAUAAAGGUUUCCACAAAGUCUGUGGUGGAAGGGUGUUGGAGUUAUUUCACAGUCACGAACUUAUGGCUGUGGUGGUAGGGAACGAGGAUUACGAUUGGGAGGAAUUGGAAAAGAAUGCUACUUAUAAAGAAGGAUACACAAAGAGUGAUCCUACUAUUAUAAUGUUCUGGCAGGUGUUCCGUGAACUUACAUUGGAAGAAAAGAAAAAGUUUUUACUAUUUUUGACGGGAAGCGAUAGAAUACCUAUCCAGGGUAUGCAAGCAAUCAAGAUUACAAUACAACCAAUGCACGACGAGCGUCUAUUACCCGUUGCUCAUACAUGUUUUAAUUUACUUGAUCUGCCACGCUAUCAAACCCGAGAAAGAUUGCGAUACAAGUUACUGCAGGCUAUUCAACAAACCCAUGGUUUUUCAUUAGUAUAA